AUGCCGCGAAACAACGCCCCUCGAGGCCGUCCGGCCAAACGUUUCGAGCUCGAUCUCAGUGACGUUUUUGAUGAGGAGCAGAAGGCCCAGUUCGUAAAACUUGCCAACGACAUUAUGGAGGAUAUGCAUAAGCGGACGCUGGAGAACUUCGAGUCUUUGGAUCCCGUUAAAGUUCCUGCCAACCAAGGAAUUAAUCCCCCCGGUGCACAGUGUCACAUUAUCCCAAAUCAGGAUAACGAGAAUGAUCGUCGUGUAUUUGAACGCCCAGGCCCCAAAUUCGGCUUUGUCCCCAAAAGCAGAUGGACGUACCCCAAGGACGCUGCUGAGCUUCAAGCGGUCCUAGGAAAGUCGGAUAAACAAGUGCUAGUCGAGAGUGUUAGUGAGCAGCAGAAAGAUGCCCUUUCUCAUUUUAACAAGUGGCGUCUGAGCACAGUAAAGCGAUUUAACGACAUCGUUGUCAAGACUGACAGGAACAAGAAUGGUUCUCGCAAUGGAUUUGGUGGUCAGGGUAACCAGAGCAAUCAGAGCAAUCAGGGCAACCAGGGCAACCAAAACAGCCAGGGCAGCCAGGGCAACCAAAACAACCAGGGUAGCCAGGGCGGCUACGGUGGCCACGGUGGCCGUGGUGGUUAUGGUGGUUAUGGUGGUCGUGGCGGCGGCCAUAAUGGACAGCCUAAUAAUCGAGGUAAUGCCGGACAGCUAGGCUUCCAACAACGCAAUCAGCCCAACACCCAGUCCGGCUAUCAUACGAGAGGAAAACCAAAAGCGCCGAGUGUUUUCAACCUCCCACCUCCUAACCCCGCUCAUAUUGAAGACAUGCUCCAUAAAGCGUACCCGGCAAUCGAUACCCCUCUUAGGUACUGCUCUAAGGAAAAACGUAUGCUUAUUAUGCAUUGCACACUGUUGAUCUUCCUUGGGCUGGACCAAUAUGGUUUAUACUCAAGAAUCCUACUCGUGCGACUAGCUUCAUCAUUGGAUAUUCCGCUACCUAUUGUCUUGGACGACGAGAAAAGAGUUUCCGGUGCUCUUUCGAAUAUCAUAAUGGGUAUCCCUGUCGAGGAGAUCGUCCAGAGACGGGCAGAAGAGGCCAAGACUUCUCGACGCUGGAAGCCGGGCAUGGCCAUGGCAAACAUAAGUGGGAGCACUGGCACGCUCUCACCUCCCCUGGUCGCUGCCGGAAUUGGUACUGUUUUUAACAAGGUCAGCAUUAAACCGUCUGCUACAGCAGGACUUCUGGGACCCAUGAAUGAAAGUACUGUGGUCGUUGGCACCUUGUUCGGUCUGUAUGGAGCCCGUCAAGGAAGCAAAACGAUCGAGGCUCAUAGAAAGGAUGUACUUGAUUUCGGCAUGGUGUCUAUACACGGAGCAAACACGCCUGAACUUAUCGACCCCAAAGAUGUGCCCACAGGAGACCGCAGAAUGCGAGUCACUAUCGGAAUUGGUGGUAUGAUCACUGGCGAAGACAGCUUUCUUGAUCCCUGGAAAGCCCUGGGCAACAAGAAUGAAGCAUACGUCAUGAGAUACGAAUUGGAGGCACUGAAGAAUACGGGCGAUUCCAUUAUGGCGGCUCUGCAGACUUCGCCUGGUUAUGAUUUUAGAAAGGAGAUGUCUUCAGUUAACGUCUUUGAAAGGUUGCGAAAGACCUUAUGGCCGGUUGGCAUCGUGAGGAUUAGCAAAGUCGUCGACAAUCAUUGGUGUAUCGGAAUGGUUCGUGCAGAAAAGGCUGGCAAUGUGCUAGCCGAUAUCCUGAUGAAUCGACUUUAUGGAGAGAGACCUGUUACCUUGGUGGGAUUCGGUCUCGGAGCCCGCUCCAUCUAUGCUUGCCUGAUGUGUCUGGCCGAGAAGCGAGCGUUCGGAUUGGUAGAGAACGUGAUAAUGAUGGGCGCACCAUGCCCAACUGAAGUUCGAGCCUGUUCAGCCUUGAGGAGCGUUGUGGCCGGAAGAUUCGUCAAUGUCUAUUCCAAGAAUGAUUAUAUCCUUGGCUUCCUAUACCGCAGCUGUCAUUGGCCGAUGGGUAUCGCGGGCUUGCAGCCUAUCCAAGGCGUACCGAAUGUUCAGAACCUCGACAUGAGUGAUAUCGUCACUAGCAAUCUUCAAUGGGGUUACCUCGUCGGCUACACCCUUUCUCGAGUUGGUUGGGAGGAUAUUGAUACCUCUAUUAUCCCCCAGCGUCAGGCCAAUCUGCUUAGCUUGACUAACGAAUUGGAGAAAUUCGAUAAAGAAAACGAGCAGAGGUGGAAAGACAAGAACGGCGUGAGUGCCAACCUCAAAAAGCAAGCCACCAAGGAAGCCACCAAGGUAGGACUCGUUCGAGCGAUUGCCGACGUCCCUACUGGUACUGGUACCGGUGCUGGUGCCGGCCCGGGUGCAGGCAGUGGCGGAGGCGGAAGCGGUGGUGUAGGUAAGGGCGGAAGCGGAAGCGGAAACGGAGGCGGAGGCGGAGGCGGAGGUGCUGGCGGAGGUGGAGGUGAGCAUAGAGGCGGAGACAACCGACGAGGUAGUGAUAAGAAGAAGAAGAACAACAAAAAGUAA